GGACAUUAUUAAACCAAAUUAAAAAGAAAACAACGAACAAAAAUUCGAAUUUUGGGUUUUAUUUAUUUAUUUUUUUCCCAGGAGAAAAUAAAAUUAUAGUUGCUUGGCUUCCUCAAAAAUCCCUCUAAAAAAUUCAUAUUCGCCUCCUUUGUUUUUCUUCUGUUCUGGUUUUUAUGCGAACCUCGGUCUUACUCUCGCACUAAGCAUAGAACCGAAACCAAAGAGAAUCUUGGUGGAGAAAGUUGUUGGUUGACUGGAAAAAAAAGGAACAGCUAACUGAUUUUCCCACGUAAAGCUAACUUCUUGGUUUGGGAGACUUUCAAUAUUUGAGGUUUUUCUGCAUACAUAUGUAUAUGCUUUUUCAUAUUGAGUGAAAUCAAGUUUGAAAAAGUCAUGCAAAGGGAUGGUAACACUGGCAACCCAUCAACCCCAGGUGGUCGAAUACGCAAUCGCAGACGUUCAACUGAGGUUGUUCCUGAUGUUGGUAAAGCAAAUGGAGGGAAUUUACUUGUUGAUGACCAUAACAAAUACAGAUCAAUGUGGAUUCGUGCACAUUCUUCCAUUUGGAUGAUUGGGGGCUUUAUAUUUGUUAUUUAUAUGGGCCAUCUCUAUAUUACUGCUAUGGUUGUUGUUAUCCAGAUUUUUAUGGCGAAAGAGCUAUUCAAUUUACUUCGGAAAGCUCAUGAAGAUACGGAUCUCCCAGGGUUCAGGCUGUUAAAUUGGCACUUUUUCUUCACUGCAAUGUUAUUUGUAUAUGGCCGCAUUCUCAGUCAACGGCUUUUCAACACUGUAACUUCAGACAAAGUUUUGUAUAAGCUUGUUAACAGCCUUAUCAAGUAUCAUAUGGUUAUUUGUUAUUCCUUGUAUAUUGCAGGUUUUAUGUGGUUCAUCCUUACAUUGAAGAAGAAGAUGUACAAGUAUCAAUUUGGCCAGUUUGCUUGGACGCACAUGAUUCUGAUCGUUGUGUUUACACAGUCUGCUUUCACUGUAGCCAACAUUUUCGAAGGAAUUUUCUGGUUUCUUCUUCCAGCAACUCUUAUUGUCAUCAACGAUAUUGCUGCAUAUAUCUUUGGGUUCUUUUUUGGAAGAACCCCUUUAAUCAAAUUAUCUCCAAAGAAAACUUGGGAGGGUUUCAUUGGAGCAUCUGUUACAACUAUCAUCUCUGCAUUUUUGCUUGCAGACAUCAUGGGUCGUUCUCGGUGGCUAACAUGCCCAAGGAAGGAUUUAUCAACUGGUUGGCUUCAUUGUGAUCCUGGUCCAUUGUUUAAACCAGAGUCUUUCUCCUUAACAGGAUGGGUUCCUCAAUGGUUUCCUUGGCAAGAGGUCUCGAUAUUGCCAGUUCAAUGGCAUGCUCUAUGUCUUGGUUUAUUUGCAUCUAUUAUAGCACCUUUUGGAGGCUUUUUUGCUAGUGGUUUCAAAAGAGCUUUCAAAAUCAAGGAUUUUGGUGAUAGUAUCCCAGGGCAUGGUGGAAUUACAGAUAGAAUGGAUUGUCAGAUGGUAAUGGCUGUAUUUGCUUACAUCUAUCAUCAGUCAUUUGUUAUUCCUCAAAGCGUCUCGGUUGAGAUGAUCUUGGAUCAGAUAUUGAUGAACCUUACACUGGAGGAGCAACAAGCUAUAUACAUUAAACUUGGACAAAUCUUGCAAGAUAGGCUGGUGGGAAUCAUAGGAUAGAUCCUGCAGUUGUUAUGACCUCUCUCUCCAAUAUGUUUGUACGCAGUGGUGUAGAGAGAGAAGAUGCCAAAAAAUUGUUUUGUAAUUUGUAUAUGGUAUUGUUUUCUAUUUUCCUACCGCAACUCCCUUCAAAUAUUUUUAGGUUGAGGCAUUCUUCCGAGUACACACUGUACAGAGUAAUUUGGCUGUUUCAUAUUAGGAUGAGGAGAGAUUGAAAUGUUCUCUCUAUUUCCCUGUAUUUUUCUUAUGCAUUGGAUAUGGAACUGGGUUGGGUUGAAUAUGUCCGCUGCAACCAAACAAUGAAAUUUUUUGCCCAAGGAAACAUAUUAUUAUAUAUUAAGGAUAGCCAGCUCUUAUUCUUAUGUAA